GUUCAUAGAAAAGAAAAAUCAGACUAGGGUUUGUAAAAAAAAAAAAAGAAGAGUAUCUGACAAAUCAGAGUGGGAUUUGAUUCAAAUUUAUAUUCUUUACCCUCUCCCAACAGCGAUUGGUUGCCAAAAGCUGUGAGGCUUCUGGAUUCUUAGGUGAGGAAAUGGAAUGCAACAAGGAUGAAGCGACGAGGGCAAUGAAGAUUGCUGAGAGAAAGGUUACAGAAAAGGACUACACUGGGGCGAAGAAGUUCGCGAACAAGGCUCAGAGCUUGUAUCCCCACCUUGAUGGUCUGAAACAGUUGUUGAUGGCGGUUGAUGUUUAUGUCUCCGGAGAGAAACUAAUCAGUGGAGAACCUGACUGGUACGGUAUCCUUGGUGUGGACCCCUUGGCUGAUGAUGAAGCUGUGAGAAAACAGUACAGGAAACUAGUUCUUUUGCUCCAUCCGGAUAAAAACAAAUGCGAAGCCACCAAAGGUGCGUUUACGCUGGUUUCCGAAGCUUGGAAUCUACUAUCUGACAAGGUUAGGAGAUACUCUUAUAACUUAAAGAGGCAGGUUAAAGGAGCUCAACAACAAAGAUUCCCAACAACACAGAGCACGCACCCAUCAAGUUCUAACGGGUUCCAGAAUGUAAGAGACCAUGUAGCUCCGGGUGCUAAGGCUAGAACUAAGCCAGCUUCACGGAUGGAUCCGCCUGCUUUUGCCACUAGUACUUUCUGGACAAUGUGCACCAGAUGCAAGACGCAGUAUGAGUUUCAGCGGGUUUAUCUUAACCAGACUUUGCUUUGUCCACACUGUCGUCAGGGUUUUCAUGCAGCGGAGAAAAAUCCGCCUCCAAGUGUUCCGAAGCCAACCAACAACCACUCGUCUAACCAACAUAAACGGAGUUCUAAAGUUCCAGCGACAAACAAGAACUCAUCAUAUGGUACUUCUUCUUCCAGAGAGCCUGGAUCAUCUGUUAACAAUGGUUUCCAGUGGGAGCCUUCAUCAAGAACGAUGGGAUCCGACAGCAGAAAUGUCAUAAAUCAAGCUGCUAAUGUGGUUCAGCAAGCGCAAGCAAAGCUGAAGAGAGCGUUUGAGGAGUCACAAGAGAAGGAUGCUGCUAGAGGAUUCACAAACGCUGAUCUGGAAAAUUAUAAGAAGAUGAAGACAGAUAAUUCCCAUGUGUUUGGUUCAUUCUCAUCCAGGUGGUCGAAUCAAAACGGUCCAAGUAGGUUCACUAAUCAUGAAACGCCAUCCACCUUAGGCUCUCGUCGUCCUCAGGUAGAAGGAAUAUUGUUACCCUAUGAUAUGAAAAGAGCGCUCGUGAAGAAGGCACAGUCAGAUAUUUCUAAGAGACUUAUGGCCGAAGCAGCAGAGAACAUGAAAGCAAUGGAAAUAGAGGAAAAGAAGAAGAGUAUGAAAGCAACAAGCAAGAUAAUGAGUAGCAGCAAGGCAGAUGAGGUAGAAAAAAGUACUGAACCUGUCAACGAAGUUUCCAACGAUGGUGAAGUGAAAGAUAUCGUUGUUCCGGAUUCAGAUUUUCACGACUUUGAUCUUGACCGCACUGAAAGUUCUUUUCAAGACGACGAGAUUUGGGCAGCUUAUGAUGUAGACGAUGGGAUGCCUCGGUUCUACGCCCGCAUCCAAAAGGUGAUCUCUGUGGAUCCCUUUAAGAUGAGAAUCAGCUGGCUCAACACCAAAACCUGCAAAGAGUUUGCUCCAGUAGACUGGGUAGGCUUUGGUUUUGCUAAGUCAUGUGGAGAUUUCAGGACUAGUAAAUACGAGUUGAAUGAUUCACUAAACUCGUUUUCCCAUAAAGUCGAUUUCACCAAAGGUGCAAAAGGACUCAUCCACAUUUUUCCCAAGAAGGGACAAGUUUGGGCACUGUAUCGGCACUGGUCUCCUGACUGGGACGGUGAUACUCCUGAUGAAGUCAAACACAAGUACGACAUGGUAGAAGUUCUUGAUUACUACACCGAAGACAAGCAGAGUUUAACUGUUGCUCCCUUACUCAAAGCUGAAGGAUUCAAGUCAGUUUUUCGCAGAAGCACAGAUCAAAAAGAUGUGAGAAAGAUUCCAAAGGAAGAAAUGUUUAGAUUCUCUCACCAAGUGCCUCACUACAUUCUUACUGGGAAAGAAGCUGAUAACGCACCAGAGGGUUGUGUGGAGCUAGACACAGCUGCAAUGCCUUGUGAGUUGCUUUCAGAGAAUACAGAGGUGAAAGAGUCAUCCACUGCGAGAAGCAAAUCUGUGAAAGAGAAAAGCGCAGCUCCAGAGGAAGAAGAAAUGGGUAUAAAUAUAGAUUAGGGUGGUGUCAAAGCUAGUAGCAAGCAAUCAGUACAGUGUACAAUUGAGGAAGUAAGCAUAUCAAUCUCAUAUGGCAUCAUUACGGAACAAGACUAGUCAGGUCUGAUCUUUUUGCUUUGAUCUUUUAUUUUGUUGUUUCUACAGGCUGACCCAAAUAGAACUGGCCUUUUUUGGCACAAGAAACAAUGUUUUUUUGUUUUGGAUAUUCGGUAUUUACUCAGAUAAUCGUGUAAGAAACUCUCAAUUCAAGAUAUGGAAUGUAUGGUGGUUAUGGGUUUAAGCAACAUUUUGACAUGUCGUGAGUCGUGACUACAUGAUGUAUGGUUACUGUGAUAGGGUGUUACCGUGA